AUGGUCACAAUCGAUCGAGCAUCGGGCGUGAGUAAAGCGAGUGGUGACUAUAACGGGGGAGCCGCGUUGAGGAGGCAGCAGCUCGCUGCCAGGUGGUUGGAGCUCUGCGCGGUCGCCGCUGGCGUGGGGAAGGAUUUUGCGCCCAAUGACCGCGCGCAAGCGCAGGCGCAAGCUAAGCGGGAAGCGGCCGCUGGUUUGAAGGGAGCGUGGGACGCGGAAAAGAACGAUGCGCUUUUUGAGGUCCUGUCGCGGAUGCUGUUGGCGCUACGGAUGGACGAAAUUCUGGCGAAUGUGGUAACCGGAACUGUUGACGAGGAGGAAGAAGCAGCGGCGAGCGCUGGGGCAAGCGGAAAGCGAGCGGAAGACGAAUUGGUAAAGCGGUGGCGCAGGCGCGCGAGUGACGGGACGGGAACGCGCGGAGCGCUGGUGCUGGCGGUGAAGCUGAGCGGAACAGACGCGAGCCGCUGGGUUCUGCGGAUGGCGGGCGGCGCGGAUGCGCACGUGCGACGCGUGGCUGCUGGAGUCAUUGAUAGAAUUCUGUGGGAUGUUGAAACUGGCCGAGUGCAGAACGAACUCGAGAAAGAAUGCGCCCGACUGGAUUCGAACCCGCGACCUGGUGGAAUCAGCGGGCCUCGAAGCCUCGCUGAACUUUCUGCGAUUCUAUCGACACCCGAUCCGCUUUCCAGCUCGUUGCCGAGAUCCCCGCUCAGCUUGUCGUCUAGCGAAAGCGACAGCAGCGGAAGCGACGGGGAGGGUGAAGAGAAAGGCGGAAGGGCGGGCAAGAAAAAGCCAAGUUCCAUCCCCGUUAGUAGCUCGGACGUGCUUAUAUCGAGAGUCGCUGGUGCUUUGGUUGCGUCUCUUGGUGCUGCUGCUGCCCUUCCUGCAGCCGCGAAUGCUACAACCGGCGCUGGGGGCGGAAGCAAAGCCCCUGCGGGCGGAAACAUCUCAAGCGGAAAUAUCUUAGGCGGAGUACUCUCCCCCGAAUUGCGGAGCUUAUCGCUGCCGACUGGAAUCGACCCACGGCAACCGCUUCCUACGUCAUCGUCCACGUCAUCGCCGCGGCCUUCCACGUCAGGCGGGUCCGCUGCUUCUUCCGGCAGUAAUGCCGCCCCGGCGCAAGGGGGGACCACUGUGGAAGGGGAGGACGAGGGGAGGAGCGCGAGCAACAGCAGCCGCGCGAGCAGCACCGAGAGCACCGCCGCGAGCAAAACCAAAGAUGGCGCAGGAUCCGCGCGGAAGAGCGGAGAGGGGGGGUUCGGGGUGGGGAGCACUGUGCUCGGACUGACGUCACCGCGUGCACCAGCGGAGAAAUCUGCAAUCCCGCAGCAACUGCUGCAGCAACAGAAAACAGCUGGGGACGCGAACAGAAUGGUUCCAGCUUCUUCUCGGCUUUACAGUUCGGUUCCUUGCUCGCCCGCCCACCACGCAGGGGGAGGUUCGGGGGGAGCGGUGGGGGGAGCGGCGCGGGGAGCGCGGUCAGGCAGAGGAGUUCUUGACGCCGAAGCAGCAGCGGCUCGGCUGCAAGCGAUCGCUGCUGCAGCUGCCGAAGCUGGCUCCGAGUCACGUUCGGAAAGAGGGAGCUCCAGCCCCAGGCACCCAGGAGCCCCCUCCUCUGCUUCUCUCUAUAGUCCCAGCCCCUCCCACCGUUACUGCCCCAGUCCUUCCCCCCAUUACAGUCACAGUCCAGUUCACCACGCGCCUUCUUAUACUGCUGCUAGUCCGUCCCACCCAGCUACACUAAAUCCUCCAUACUAUACCCCCAGCCCAUCUCACUACAGUGGUGGUGGAGGCUAUCAAUCCCCAAGCCCCUCUUAUCACUCCUAUCCGUCGCCUGCCCCACAAACCUUACCUCCCGUUGUCGAGCCAGCUGCGCUAGGUUCGGCAACAGCUUCGGCUGGGGACAGGGCAAGGAGGGAGACUGCCACGAGGGCAGGUAAGGCAGGAGGGGAGAAGGGAGCGAAGAGGGGUGGAGUUAAGAGCACGAUGCGGCAAAAGGCAUUCUUUGGAGCUGGAGUGGUGUGGAGUGUGGAGGAGGGAGGACUGGAGGAGGCAGGUGGGGAGCGGGAGAGUGGUGAGAGUGAUGAGAGUGGUUCUCGAGAGGGUGACUAUGACGAGGGGUCGAGCUCAGAAGAGGACAAGGACGACAACACGCUGGGCUUCUCAAGAAAAUACAAUGCAUCUGCCUCUGUUUCUGCCUCCGCCUCUGCCUCUGCCUGUGCCUCUCCUUACACUCCUACCUAUCCUAGUGCCACCGGCGCCACCCCUCUAAACCAAAGACCCUACGCCCCUUCCCCGGCUCACUCAGCCCUCUCUCGUCCCUCCCCUUCCCGCUCCACCUUCUCCUCCUCCCCAGCCCAUGCCUCCUCCGCCAAUUCACCUGCCCGGGCGGCCUUUUCUUCUUCGCCUGCCCGGGGUGCCUUCUCUUCCACUUCUAUUGCCAGAAGCGCCUCUUCAGGCACUGCGUCGCCUGCUGCUUGUGCUGCAGCGGCCCUCAGGAGUGUGAUGAAGGGAUCGAGCACGAACCCUCACAGCAGAGGGGCGGUGCUGCGCAGGAGUGCCAGCGAGAGUGGAAGCAGUAGAGGUGAUGGUGUUGGUGACAGUGGGGAGAUGGCUAUCGGGAGCAAGAGUGGGGGAGGAGGGGGUGGUGGGGCGAUGAUUCGAGCCAGCAGCAGCAGCAGCAGCAGCAGCAAUGCCAGCACAGGCAGCAGUGGUGGCGACGGUGUGAGGGGGGGGCGGCGCAGAUCGUCUAAAGUGACCUUUGCCAAGUGUGGAGAGAUAGAGGAGGAAGAGGAAGCAGUGAAGGAAGCUGAGGUGGAGGUCAACCCCUCCUUCCCUCAUCUCACCCCUUGCCCCCUCUCCCGCCCCUUUCCCCUCUUCCCCGUCUCUCCACCUUUUCCCGCCAUCCCAUGUCCGCCUCUCUCCCCCACACUUCCCCUCUCUCUCCUUUUCCCCGCAUCCCAAGUCUGUCUACCCUUCUCUUCCUCAUGGCAUUUCAAUCAGUCCCUCCCGCUCUCUUCCUCUCCCCCUCCUCUUUCCCCUUUUUCCUGCUCUUCGUCUGCCCCCCCCACUCCUUUGGAGAAACAGGCCAAGUACAUGAGGAUGAAGCUUGGAGGAGUGAAGGAGGAUGAGGAGGACGAGGACGAGGAGGAUGAGGAUGAGGAGGAUGGAGAGGGGGCGCUUUGGGGGCAGAAGAAGCGGGAGUACUACAGUGCGGAUAAUGUGGAUUAUGAGUUGCAUAUGGAUGGGGAGACAGGGGCGCAGGAGGAGGAGGAGGAGGCGCUUAGGCUGCAGCAGCAGAUCGCAGCUGGGUUGAGGGUGGAGGAUUAUGAGGAGGAGGGAGAAGAGGAGGGAGAGGAGGGAGAGGAGGGGGGGGAGGAGGAGGGAGAGGAGGAGGAAGGGGAGGGAGAGGAAACGAUGUUAGAAAAGGUGGAGAAGGAGGGGCGGAAGAAGGGUGAUAAGGGGAGUGAUAAGGGCAAUAAGGGGAGUGAUAAGGCGCUGGAGAGGAAGGGGAGGGGAGUGGCUGUGGUAGAACGGGUGGUGAAGGAUGCGAGUCUGCUGACCAAGGAGGAGCAGAUGGCGGCGCUGAUGAGCGAUGCCCCAGAGCUGGUGGGUCUGCUGUCAGACCUCAAGACAACUCUCAAGGAGCUCAACACCAAAGUGCUGCCGCUGCUGCAACAGGUGCGGGAGGGAGAGUACGCUACAGAGAAUGGAGUAUCCUACCUGGAGGCAAAGCACGGGCUGCUGCUGCACUACUGCUGCUGUCUGCUCUUCUUCCUGCUGCUCAGGGCGGAAGGCAAGCCAGUCAGGGACCACCCCGUGGUCUCCCGACUUGUGGAGCUCAGGCUGUUCCUGGAGAAGAUCCGCCCUAUUGACAAGAAGCUGCAGUACCAAAUCGAAAAACUUCUCAAGCUGGCCUCGUCGGCCAAUCGUGGCGCGACACCUGGCAAGCAGUCCGCAGCAGCAGCAGAGGCUGGGGUGGGAGGGUCACUAGACGACCUGAAACACCGUCCCAACCCGAACCUCCUAGUGUCGAAGCUCGGGGGAAGUGGCGGCGAUGGGGGAGAGGAUGGGGGUGUUUCUGCUGGUGGUGGUGGUGGUGCAGGUGGGAUUUACAAGCCGCCUAAGAUUGCCCCGAUGGCUAUGGAUGGGGAGAAGGAGGGGGGGAAGAAGGGCGGGGAGGUGGGGGCGCGGCGGGAGGAGAGGGAGAUGCGGGAGGCGAGGAGGCGGGCGGCCAGAAGCGCGUUUGUGAAGGAGCUUGCUGAGGACGUGGAGGGACGGCCGCAUGCGAGUGGAGUGGAGGGAGCAUCUACGAUGAUGGUGGAGGGCAAGGAGAUGGCGAGGGCGGUGGAGCGGCUGAGAGUGGAAAUUGAAGCUAUUAUGCGAGUGGAGGGAGCGUCUACGAUGAUGGUGGAGGGUAAGGAGAUGGAGAGGGAGGUGGAACGGCUGAGGGAGCGGGCUGCAGCGGAGGAGAAGAUGUUUUCCCGCGUGCCCCUCAACCGCGGGGAGAAGCAGCGCCUCAAGGCUCUCAAGCAGAGCCAGAACAUGCUUGCCGGCAUGCUGGAUGAUUUCGAUGAUGAUAUCGCUGGCAUCAUGGCAGCAGGGGAGGAGGGGGCCGCACAGGCUGGCCUCACAGCAGCAGCAGGAGCAGCAGGAGGAGCAGCAGGAGGGAUAGGAGGGUUGACGAGUGCUGGGAUGCUGGAGUCGCUGCUUCGGCCGCGCAAGCUGUCAGAGGCGAUUCACGAGGCGGGCAAGAUCACCUCCCUCAGGGGGGCACAGGGCAAGGUGAUAUCCGGAGACGCUGAUCUCCCGUUAAAGCCGGACCUGGGUGAGCGCCGCCGAGCCUACGAGGCAGGCGUGGUGGCGAAGCAGGUUCGGAAGCGAGGCUCCGAGGACCUAGGGUUCGACCAGGGAGAUGAGGACGGAGGGGAGGGAGAGGGAGGGGAAGGAGGUGAGGAGGACGAGUUUUACGCUGAGGCUCGGAAGAUGCAGGAAGCUCGGCGGUCUGCCAAGGCUGCCAAAUACUCUUCGUGA